AUAAAUAGACCCCACAUCCACUUAUCAACCAUAACAGAAAAAGCUAACUUACCUAAGCUCUUUAAGAACCCUCUCUCUCACACCCUUCUGAUUGUGUUUGUGCUUCCUGUCUCUUACAUAGUUGAUCCAAUGGCAAUUCCUGUGAUUGAUUUCUCUAAGGUGAAUGGUUCCGGUGAGGAGAGAGUCAAGACAAUGGCUCAGAUAGCUAAUGGGUGCGAGGAAUGGGGAUUUUUUCAGCUAGUGAACCAUGGAAUUCCAGAGGAGCUACUGGAGAGGGUGAAGAAGGUAUGCUCAGAGUGCUAUAAGCUGGACAGGGAGAAAAAAUUCAAGAAUUCGGAAUUGGUGAAGAGAUUGAAUAAUUUGGCAGAGAAGAAAGAUGGUGAGAAACUGGAAAAUGUGGACUGGGAAGAUGUCUUCCUUCUCCUAGAUGAUAAUGAGUGGCCAUCAAAAACCCCUGGAUUCAAGGAAACCAUGACUGAAUACCGAGCUGAACUGAAGAGAUUGGCUGAGAGGGUUAUGGAAGUAAUGGACGAGAACUUAGGCUUACCAAAAGGAUAUAUCAAGAAGGCAUUCAAUGAUGGAGAAGGAGACAGCGCCUUUUUUGGUACCAAGGUUAGCCAUUACCCACCAUGUCCUCAUCCUGAGCUGGUAACUGGCCUUCGAGCUCACACAGAUGCUGGGGGUGUCAUCUUGCUAUUCCAAGAUGAUGAGGUGGGAGGCCUUCAAAUCCUCAAAGAUGGGCAAUGGAUUGAUGUCCAGCCAAUGAAAAACACCAUUGUCAUAAACACUGGCGAUCAGGUAGAGGUCCUAAGCAAUGGCAAGUACAAGAGCACUUGGCACAGGGUUCUGCCUACCCAAGGGAAUAGAAGGUCGAUUGCUUCAUUCUAUAACCCCUCCUUUAGAGCUACCAUAGCUCCUGCACCAGAGCUGGUGGAAAAAGAUAACCAGGAGACGAACCAAUCAUACCCCAAAUUUGUUUUCGGCGAUUACAUGUCUGUUUAUGCUGAGCAGAAGUUCCUUCCGAAGGAACCUAGGUUCCAAGCUGUAAGGGCAGUGUAAUUGAUAACAAGGUGCAACUUCAAUUUUAGAAGAUGACGCCUUUUCUUUCCUUUGAUUUUCCUUUUCUAGUUUAUGGGUUUUAGUGACAAAACUGCCUUCUGGCAUAAAGCUUCUUUCUCUCAGCUCUACAUGCGUAGCGCAGGAGAGAAAUGAAAGCUGAUUAUGGAUGUGUUUUCUUUAGAUUGGUUUUGUCUUUUCUUUCAUGUGUUUUUUAAGGUUCCUAUUGUACGAUAGUUUCAUAUAAACUUUACUUCUCAGUAAUUAAGAGAAGCUUCCUUUCUUUCUACCA